AUGGAUAGUAUCAGCAGUCUACCUAACGAGAUCAUUUGCCACAUCGUGUCCUCCCUCUCUGCAAAGGAGGCUGCUUUCACAACGGUUCUCUCAAAGAGGUGGCUGAAUCUGUUUACCAUCAUACCAAAUCUCCAUUUUAGCGACUGGGUUGAGAAACCGGAGAGUUUUGUGGGUCAGUUAGUGGCUCUGCCAGACAGUUCCCGUGUAAGGAAGUUCACUCUUCUAAAACGUCUAGGGCUUUUUGAACUAGCUGAUGAGCACGUCCAUUGUUGUCUUUGUAAUGUGCUGAAGCGUGGUCUCAUGGAUCUUGAACUAAACAUAGAAAGUGAGUUUGGAUAUAAAGGGAAACCAUUCUCGCUGCCCUUUGAGAUCUUCACUUGCCAGACACUUGUUACGCUAAAACUAGGAACAAGUGUUGUUAUCUAUCAACUUCCUGAGAAUGCUUUACUUCCAGCGCUUAAGACUCUCAUUCUUGACAAAGUUCGGUUCUAUGGUCUUUGUGGCUGUGCGUUCCAAAAGCUUCUUUCUGCUUGCCCUGUGCUUGAAGAGUUAGUCAUAGAUAGUGUGGACUGGGAAGAUUGGAAAUGGUCUCGCACUGUAUCCAGUCCAACCCUUCAAAGACUUAAUAUUAAUAGAACACAGCAUUUUUAUUUUGAUGGAUCUGAUUUUGGGAGCAUCACGUUUUAUACUCCGAAGCUUGUCUACUUAGAGUACGCUGAUUUUAUUCCGGAUGAGUAUCCUGUUGUUAAUUUUGACUCCCUCGUCGAAGCUAUGUUGGAUCUAUUUAUGACGGUAGAUCACACUUGGAAUGUAGGAUUCGCAGGUGAUGAUGAUCCUAUUUCUAGCAAUCCAACUAAUCUAUUGGGCUUGAAGAAUGUUCAUAUCCUGACCAUACUAUCUCCAGACACUUUGGAGGCAUUUUAUUUCUUCCGUGAAGCAAUACCAAUAUUUGAAAAUCUAAAUCGUCUAUCUUAUACACCAAAUGAAAAUGAUGAUGGUUACUGUAUGCGAUCUCUGCCAUUUCUGCUAACCAAGUCUCCAAAUCUAGAGACUCUUGUCCUCGAGUGUUCGUUGCACUAUGAUCAACAUAAACCAGAAUCUGUUUGCAAGUGCAUGUUGGGUUAUUCUUGCCUAUUAUCAUGUCCUGCGAAGGUCCUAGAGAUAACCAAGUACGAGGGAACUAAAGGAGAACUGGAGCAAAUGAAACAUUUCCUAGGGAAAUUUCUUGAGUUGGUGAAAAUUCGUGCUGGGGCAAGAGAUGAUGAGGAAAAGUUGCGAUUCACCAUGGAUCUGCUAAUGUUUCCCAGAGCUUCGGUUAAUUGCAAGAUCGAGGUUUCUUAA